UCUCCUUGUUGACGUUGUGAUUUUAACCAAGAAUUAUAUUAUUUUGUUUAUUCUGAAAUUAACAAUGGACGUUGAAAACUUAAGUUCCGAAUUAAUUCCUAAAGGCGAUUCAGGAAUGUUGAACGAAUUCGAUUCAAAUGACGAAGAAAAUGAAAUGGUUGAGGAUAUGGGGACACCACAAAACGAUAGUAUUUCUUUUGAACAAGUAAUUAUCAAAGGUGAAGAAUCAUAUUAUGAUGAAAUGAUCGAAUUAAGUGAUUCAGAAAAUGAUGAACCGGUCGAAAUAAGUGAUUCAGAAAAUGAAAUUAUAAAUAAUGUAAUGGUUGAAAUAAGUGAUUCAGAAAAUGAUGAGGAAAGUUAUUCGUGUAGUGUUUGUAAUGAAACAUUUACAACACAAACUGAUUUAUUUGAACAUGAAGAAAUACACAAGAAAAAUAUAUUUUUAUGUGAUGUUUGUAAUAAAACAUUCAUUAAUCGAAAACAAUUGGAUCGGCAUAAACGAACACAUACUAGAAAAAAAUCGAAAAAAUCAUUCAGUAAAUCAAGUGAUCGUGAACAAAUUCAUUCUAACAAAAAAUCAAAUGGUGAUUCUUGUGAUGAUGAACAAAUUGAUAAUUCGAUUCGUACCAAAGAAAAAGCUUCUUGUUCUUCAUCUGUAUCUGGCGGUGAUAUUGAUAAAUCCAAGAAAAACGAAGAUAAAUCAAGUGAAGAAAAACCAUUUAUAUGUGAUAAGUGUGGUAAAACGUAUACGAGUCGACGUAAGUUGACUAGACAUAAACGAAGUCAUAAUGAAGAAAGACCUUUCUCAUGUGAUGUUUGUGGCAAAACAUUUACGGAUUUAAGUAUUUUAAAAGGUCACAAACGUAUUCACACUGGAGAAAAACCAUAUUUAUGUGAUAUUUGUGCAAAACCAUUCAUCAGUCGAAGUAGAAUGGUUCGACAUAGACGAAUUCAUACGGGAGAACGUUCAUAUGCGUGUGAUGUUUGUGGGAAAACGUUCACCGAAGGUAGUAGUUUAGUUUUACAUAAACGUAUUCAUACCGGUGAGAAAUCAUAUGCAUGUGAUGUGUGUGGUAAAACAUUCUCAUUGAAAAGUUCACUAGAUCGACAUAAACGAAUUCAUACGGGAGAGAAACCGUAUUUAUGUGAUGUGUGUUUUAAAACAUUCCGUCAACAAAGUAGUUUAGUCACACAUAAACGGAUCCAUACGAAAGAACGACCGUAUCCAUGUGAUCUGUGUGCGAAAUCAUUUAGCAGUUCAGGGAACUUAGUUAAACAUAAACAGUUCCAUGCUAGAGAGAACAAACCAUGCCCAUGUUCGUGUGAUGUUUGUGAUAGAACAUUUUCGAAUCGACGGUCGUUAAGUAGACAUAAACUGGUUCAUUCGGGACAGUUUAAAUCUCUGCAUAAAUCUUUUACAUGUAAUGUUUGUAAUAAAACGUUUACUAAACAAAGUGUAUUCGUUAUACAUGAACGUAUGCACACGGGAGAAAGACCGUUCUCGUGUACUGUUUGUGAUAAAAAGUUUGCGAGUGGAAGUAAUUUAAGUAAACAUAAAUUAAUUCAUACGGGUGAAAAACGUUAUUCAUGCGAUUACUGUCAUAAAGCAUUCUUUGAGCGUUGUAAAUUUAAGAAACAUAAAUGUUCAGUUACUAGAACAGAAUCUGUACCAUUGGAUAUGUCUCAUAUUUAUAGAAUCAAACCGGAGUAUCACAAUAACGAUUAUCUGUACAGGACGGACGGACAAGCAAUUACCUCAACAACAAGUCAAAACAAACAAUUGACUGACUGAGUUAAUUGUUGAAAUACCAUGUAUAGAAAGUGUUGAUUACGUAAUCGUUUGUAAGUAAAGAAAGAUAUACACUCUUACACACAAAGUCAUAAGAGUAUCUUUUUUCUCAAUUUCUCGGUGCACAUAGUAAUAAACAAACACAUACAUAAUAUAUGUAACGUAUAAAUUUAAA